AUGGCGCCUGUCAAAAGGAAAUUAUAUCAGCGGCUGCUGUUCUUUGCCGUUUUUCUUCCACUGUCAGGUGUUUUAUGCUUUAGUGAACUAUUUUUCAUCAAGGAGCCCCAUGAUGUCACUGUCUUGCGGAAAGAAGCUGUUAUUUUGGACUGUCAGGCACAUGGAGAGGCACCUAUUGAUGUCAGAUGGCUCAAAAAUGGAGUAAGAGUGGUGGAGAAUGAACGGGUGUACACGCUCUCCAAUGGCUCCCUUUAUAUUUCUGAAGUGGAGAGCAGAAGAGGAGACAAAUCAGAUGAAGGGUUCUAUCAGUGCCUUGCUCAGAACAAGUAUGGAGCAAUCCUGAGCCAGAAAGCCCGUCUUACAAUCGCAAGUAUCUUCUCUUUUUCAAUCCAGCCAAUGUCUAUCGUGGUGACUGAAGGCUCAAUCGCCAGGUUUUCCUGCAAAAUCAGUGCACACCCUCCUCCAAUCAUCACUUGGGAGUUAAAUCGGGUCACAUUACCUCUCACCACUGAAAGAAUCACAGUCCUGCCCAGUGGUGUUCUUCAGAUCCAUGGGGUUCAGCGGGCGGAUGCUGGGAAUUACCGUUGCAUCACUACCAACAUUGCCAGUCGUCGUCGCAGCACGGAGGCCUCCCUCAUUGUCACCCCAGCUCCCAAUCCGCAACUUCCCCAGCGGCCACGCAUCAUCGCCGGGCCACAGAACAUUUCAGUGUCACUGCACCAGAGUGCCAUCCUUGAGUGCAUGGCCACAGGCAAUCCCCGACCUAUCAUCUCCUGGAGCCGAGCAGACAGCAAGUCUAUUGAUGUUUACAACACCAAAGUGUUGGGAAAUGGCAACCUCAUUAUCACAGACAUCAAGCCCCAGCAUGGAGGAGUCUAUAUGUGCAGAGCCACCACUCCUGGCACAAGAAACUACACUGUGGCCUCAGCAAAUGUCACUGUGCUAGCACCACCGUCCCUGCUGGAGUGGCCAGAGAGCCUGACCCGCCCACGUGCUGGCACCGCUCGCUUUGUGUGCCAAGCUGAAGGAGUUCCGACACCUCAAAUCACUUGGUUCAAGAACGGAGAGAGGGUUCACUCAAAUGGCCGCAUCAAGAUGUACAACAGCAAACUGGUCAUCAACCAGAUCAUCCCUGAGGAUGAUGCCAUCUAUCAGUGCCAGGCAGAAAACGAGCAGGGAUCCGUCCUCUCCGUGGCGAGGCUCAUUGUGGUGAUGUCAGAGGACCGGCCAAGCGCUCCCAGGAAUAUCCGGGCGGACACUGUGUCGAGCUCCGCCAUCCUUCUAGCCUGGGAAAGGCCUCUUUAUAAUGCGGAUAAAGUUAUUGCUUACUCGGUGCACUACAUGAAGGCUGAAGGAUUAAACAACGAGGAAUAUCAAGUUGUCAUUGGAAAUGAUACAACUCGCUAUAUUAUUGAUGACCUGGAGCCAGCUCGCAACUACACCUUCUACGUUGUGGCCUACAUGCCCAUGGGAGCCAGUCGCAUGUCGGACCAUAUGUUCCAGCACACACUCGAGGAUGUUCCUCUCCGUGCUCCUGAGCUCAGCCUCACCAGCUGCAGCCCUACGGACAUCCAGGUCUCGUGGCAGCCCCUCCCAGACAAGCUGAGUCGUGGUCGUGUCUCUGCCUACCGUUUGUCCUAUCGCACCAGCACUGAGAGCACAGUCUCACAGAUAGAGCUACCUGGAGAGAAGACACAGCAUCUACUGGAAAACCUGCAGCCUGACAUUAUCUACCUCCUGCGUAUCGUUGCUGCCACCAGUAUUGGAUGGGGUGAGCAAUCCGCCUGGACCUCCCACCGCACCCCAAAGGCAUCCAGCGCUCGAGUUCCUCUGGCACCUGAGCUACAUCUGGAGCCUUUAAACUGCACCACUAUUUUAGCGCGCUGGCAGUUGGCACCCAGGAACUCGGCCAGCGUACAAGGAUACCGACUUUUCUACCAUGAAGAGAGCCAGUCUGAGAACGCCCCCAUUCAUCUGCGUGCUUCGGAUCAUACACACACCAUUGGAGGCCUUGACCCAAGGAAGAAAUACCACAUGAAACUUCUGGCUUAUAACUUUGUUGGAGAUGGCUACCAAGCAGAUCAGACCGUCAGCACCCCCGGAUGUGUUUCUGUUCGUGAUCGCCUGGUGCCCCCUCCACCACCUCCACACAAUGUUAUCGCCAAGACCAACAGUUCUACCACUGUGUUUCUGCACUGGGGCCGACCAGCUUUCACCUCCAGCAAUUCAGUCAACUACACCGUCCGCUGCAACCCUGUCGGCCUGCAGAACGCUUCUCUGGUGCUCUACCUGCAAACGAAUCAGCAGAGCCUUCUUGUGCGAGAUCUUGAAACCAAUACCAAGUAUGAGUUUGCCAUUCGCCUUCAUAUUGACCAGCUGUCGAGCCCCUGGAGCCCUGUGGUGUAUCAGAGCACUUUCCCUGAAGCUCCCACGCUGCCUCCUUCCAAUGUAAAAGUGACUCUGAUCGAGGAAGACACAGCCCUGGUUUCAUGGAAGCCCCCGGAGGAACCCAACAUAGCUGUUACACGUUACACAAUCCUGUAUGCCUCCAGAAACGCCUGGAUCGCAGGGGAAUGGCAAGUGCUGCAAAAAGAAGGGAGCAUCACCAUGGCCCUACUGGAGAACCUGAAGCCUGGACAGAUGUACUUUGUGAAAGUCUCUGCAUCCAACAACAUGGGCGACGGGCCGUUUUCUCACACAGUGGAGCUGACAGUACGAGCGAAUCACGCUUCUGGUCUUGAUCCCCGGCUCUCCCGUGGCUCCGCUCACUCCACAGUCUUUCCUGAUGGUUUCUACCACCUGGACCAGAAGUCAAUGACGGGAAUCACUGUGGGAGUCUGCAUCGCGUUCAUCUGCAUCAUCAUCUGCGCUUUCAUCAUCGUCUGCAGAGGCAAAAACAGGAAAUCUUCAGCUGUUAAAAUGUAUAGGGAAGGAGUGAGCACACCUGCAUCGGCUGCAGGACAUCCAGGCUCCGAGGGCCAAGCUGAGAGCGCUGAUGUUACCGUGCCCAUGAUGAGUCAAAACCAUUUCAUUGAUGCCAAGGGUGGAUCAAAUCUCAUAAUCAACUCUCUUGGUCCUGUUAAGCCCAACACAGAGAUGAAGAAGAAAUGGUUUUCCUUUAGCAGUAUCGGGAAUAAGGACAGUAAAACAGUACAGAAUAUGAGACACGGCACCGCCCGCUUCCAACCAGUCACCACCGUGCUGACCUACGAAGAGGAGCUGUCCAUCUCUCCAGACCAGCCCUCCACCCUGCAGUCUCUGCUAGGGCGUCCCGGAGACUCAGAGGGCUCUUCCAGCAGCGAAGGUAGCCAUGCGACCGGCGACUCAGGCCGUUACUCUCAUGACGAGACAGAGAUGACCAACCUAUCGUCCAGUCCCAGCAGCCGCCUGCCGUCUCUGUCAGCAGAGGACAGCGGAGGCUCAGAUUGCAGCAGCCCUGCUGAAGAGAAAAGCAAGUGGACAGAGAAAAGUCAGACUGAUCUGAAGUUUGUGGAGUCUGUGGAGAAUGGCUGCUGUCAACAUGAAGCCUAG